CCAUAAUAAGAUGAUCUACUUUGCAUACAGCCACAUAACUGUCAUCACUCUGUUGGCAUUUGCAGCCAUAAAUGAAGUUCAAGGUGAAUCGUGGGCUGUAGGAAUAAUUAAAGAACGCCUUGCCCUUGUUAAAAAUGAAACAUUAGGAAUAAUGUCGCAUAUGAAAAGAGCCGAAGGGCAAGUAAGAACUAUUAAAGAAAGGAUUUUUAUUCGGGAUCCAGCUUCAUGGGGUGUAAUAAAAAAUCAUUCGGAAUGCUUGGAAACCGCAUACGAAUACAAAUGGGGAACGAAAGUAUUCAGCCAUCUUGCAGAAAAUCUCCACCGUAACUCUGAGGCGGAUCUAAGCGACGUAGUGAAUUGUUGCAAGGAAAAAUCCUCAGCAUAUCUUAAAAAGAUGGAGGAGUUCCCUGUGAAAAAAUGUCUCGAAAACCUACCUUCAGCAAAUUCCCAAGAUCUGGAUCAACUGAAUUCAGAAAUCGGAUCCCUAUACUACCACAAACACUAUUAUGGGAUUUACAUUUUUUUGGAGAAACUGUACAAAACCCAAUUGAAGGUGUUGGGAGCAUACUGAAGAGACGUAUCCAGACAAACGUCAACGUUGACGUACUACUGAAUACACGUAGAUUGUAGAAGCUUUCGUAAACAUUUCUUUUCUUUAAUUAAAUUUAAUAAAUCAUUUAUCUACUA